AUGUUCAUAGACCGUCACAUGCGGAUAAACGAGGAGCCACCGACCGAGUCGGAGGUCCUGGUUUGUAUCCAAAAGAUGAAAAAUGGAAAAUCUGGAGCAGACGACGGGAUUAACGCAAAAAUGCUGCAAUAUCUUCCUCCGUCUGGGAUUCGUGAGAUGACAAAGAUCAUCCGUUCAAUAUGGAUAGACGAAAGGAUACCUGACUCGUGUAGACACGCUAUCAUAAUUUUCCUCCACAAGAAGUUAUCCGUCACGGACCCCAGGAAUUAUCGAGGAAUCUCUUUGCUGCGUGUUAUGUACAAGGUACUGGAGCGCAUUAUCCUGGACCGACUCAUAAAACAUCGCGAAGAAAGACGAGCAAGCUGGUUUCGUCCUGGCUGA